AUGUCAUCUACUGAGGAGCCACAACAACAGAGUGGUGAUCAACCAACCACUGUCAAUUCUUCGGAAAAGUACAAGUUGCUUGAGAAAUACAAAACACUCUCGCGUCUCUACGAUUACAGCUUGGUAUCAACCACCGUAAAUUCAUCGUUUGAUCUAUAUAACUAUGCCAAGAGUUAUUCACUUCUUAGAAUGCCAAUGGAAUUGAGUGAAGCCACAGUUAGUUUAGUAUCUAAACCGAUUUUGGAUGUCUGUGAUCCAUUGAUUAGCAGAGCCGAUGACUACACUGCUGACAAAAUUGAUAAAUUGGAAUCAACUGCUGUCAGAACCAAGGAAUUAGUCAUCAGCACUGUCACUCCAUAUAAAGAAUCUGCUAUCAACACUCUGACCAAGACUGUCUCCAAGGUUGACAGCACUCUUGAAACCUUUAUUGAAUUUGGUGAAGAGAAGAUCAGUGGUACUCCAUUGCAAGAACUCAUUGCCAAGUCUGCCACCCAGAUAGAGUCGAUUGCUGACAAUGUCGUAGACACCAUCUUACCACCAGCAUCUGAUGAACCAACAUCUGAUCCAUCAGAAAUGUACAAUCUCGAAAAGAGAUUCCCAGUUAUUUACAAAAUUAGAACUAGAGUCAACACCGAGUCGGUCAAGGGUAUUCCAAGUAACACCUACCAAGGUAUUACCAAAUAUACAACUGUCAAACCAAUUUCUUAUUUGGUAGACAAAAUCCAUGCUGCUGCCGACAAGAUCUCCAGCAUGAACUUGUCAGACGUCAAGGACGAAGUGUCAAAGAAGACCAUCGACCAAAUCUACCAGUACUUGGAUACUACCGCUGCUUCUGUCGGUAACUUUUCCUUGUGGGUACACAGAUUCGAUCCAAAUGAAAUCCUCAUCUCCAUCACCGAACUCACCAACAUGAUCAAAGAGUCCAAGAAUCAAAUCUUGAACAUGGAUGAUCAAAAGCAAAAGGUUCAAAAAUUCAAAGAUGAUUGCGCAAAAAUUCUCUCAAAAACUGGUCAAAUCUUACAACAACAAAUCGAUUCUGGAAAAGCAAAGGUCGAAGAAUGGAAGAAAUCUGAUCUUACCAUUGUCAAGACCACCAUCGUCAUGGUUGAACAAGCUGUACAUAACAUUCUCCUAGUCAUCCCAAACAUCCUCCUCUACCCAGCCGAACUCAUUGAAUACGCCAACAACUCCUACAAAGAAAACACCAACAACUCCUCUUCAUCCACCCCAAACAAUGAAUCAACCAACUCCACACCAAACAAUGAAUCAUCUCCAACUCAAGAAUCUUGA